UUCUAUUUUUGGUUAUUCGGGCCGCCGUCGCUAGGCGGCUGAGCGGGCGGUUCAUAACGUCCAAUUUGGUUGCUAAGGCAACGGGUGAUAACACAAGUAUCUGACGUCAUCACCGGGCAGCAUACAGAGCGGCGGUGGCGGCGGCACUAGCGACAAAUCCUCACUGUCCGACAAUGGCAUAAAUUGUAACAAAGCAAGUGAUCAAAGUCACAUGAAGAGCACAAUGGAUGAAAUCCCAGUAAAGGUGGCAGUGAGAAUCCGUCCUCUACUGUCCAAAGAGAUUCUUCAUAAUCACCAAGUAUGUGUCAGACCUGUCCCCAAUACACAGCAGAUCAUCAUCGGGAAAGACCGAGUCUUCACAUUUGACUAUGUCUUUGGAAAAAUCUCCUCCCAAGACGAUGUUUACAGCUCCUGCAUCAAACCACUUUUGGUAUCAUUGAUUGAAGGAUACAAUGCUACAGUGUUUGCCUAUGGACAGACUGGUUCUGGCAAGACUUAUACAAUCGGAGGCGGCCACGUUGCUUCUGUUGCAGAUGACGAGAAAGGUAUAAUACCACGGACCAUCCAAGAGCUUUUCCUAAUAAUCUCUGAAAAUCAAAACAUAGAUUUCAGUGUUAAGUUAUCUUACAUAGAGGUGUACAAAGAAGACCUGCGGGAUCUCUUGGAACUUGAAACAAAUGUGAAGGACAUUCACAUCCGGGAAGAUGAAAAGGGAAACACAGUUAUUGUUGGUGCCAAGGAAUGCCAAGUGGAAAGUGCAGAUGAAGUGAUGAGUCUUCUAGAUUCCGGUAGUGCCGCUCGUCACACCAGCGCCACUCAAAUGAAUGAACACUCCAGCCGCUCCCAUGCAAUCUUUUCUAUUACUGUAUGCCAACAAAGGGACAAAAACACUGACAAUGAGUCUACAAGUUCAGCUCAGAUGAUUGUUUCGAAAUUUCACUUUGUGGACCUAGCAGGCUCAGAGAGAGUGACCAAAACCGGGAACACUGGAGAAAGAUUUAAAGAGUCAAUUCAGAUCAACAGUGGCUUACUUGCCCUGGGAAAUGUGAUAAGUGCACUUGCUGACCCAAAGAGAAAAAAUGCACAUGUACCUUACAGGGAUGCUAAGAUUACUCGGAUUCUUAAAGACUCCUUAGGUGGAAAUGCCAAAACUGUAAUGAUAACUUGUAUUAGUCCUUCUACGUCUGAUUUUGAUGAAUCUUUAAAUUCUCUUAAAUAUGCUAACCGAGCCAGGAACAUCAAGAACAAGCCAGUAGUAAAUUAUAACCCUGAUUGGGAUAGAUUUGAUGAAAUGGAACUGGAAAUAAAGGCACUGCGGGAAGCUUUGCAGAACCAGCAGAGCAGGGUAAGUCGAAUAAGCCAAGUGUCUCAAGACUGGAGUCAGGAGAAAAAUAAGAUUCGGGCACUGGAAGAACAACUAGCACAGUUCCAGUUAGAGUGUUUUAACCAUCGUCACUGUACAGAAGAAGCUUUAGCUUUGAUCCAUGAAUUUAAGGACGUGUCUACUCUUACAAUAUCCCAAAAGAGUAGAAUUCAGAGUUGGCUAAUUGUGGCAGAAGAACUAAGAAGUGAGAUUACCACCAUGUCUGGAAGUGUCAGUGAAGUUACUGGUAGUAGAGAAGAGCCACAUCAUAUUACAAUACUGCAGCUGAAAAGAGAACUGAAGAAAUGCCAGGACGCCCUCUCAACAGAUGAAGAACUGUUUGCUAGGAAGGAAUUGGAAUUUAAGGAGUUACAAGAAAAAGUUCAGACUUUGCUGGAUGAAAAUUUAGAUUGUCAGAAGUCUUUACAAGAAACCGAGCGUGCCAAGAAUCUGCAGACUGAAAAGCUUGUGGAACAACAAAUCCUUAUUGAUGAAUUGAAAUACAAAAUGGAAGAACUGUCACAAGGAGCUGUGAAGGAGCAGGAAUUAGUAUCUAAGAGACCUUACAGUGUCCCACUGGGUCACCAAUCUGAGAUGCUCUUUUCAAGCUUCAAGGAGUCCACUAAUGUAUUAGAACCUAGGAAGGUGCGUACCAGUCCUCCCUCAUACUCCUUGGACCGAGUGGUGGCCGGGUUUCGAACCCGUAGUCAGAUGCUUUUGGAUUUAAUAGAAGAACAAGAUGAAGUUUUGCAUGAAAAGUUCUCAGAUCAAAGUGAUGAAGAGGUAGAGAAGACAAACAAAGACAAUAGGAAGAAAUCUCCAUUUAGACGUUCCAUAAAUCGGACGUGGACCCGAGGGCAUGGACCAGAAACAGAAGAAUUUAAUAAUGUUGCAAAACAAUCUUCCAUAAACAAUGAUGAUUUAGCUGGAACCACUAUGGAAUCCAUUCGAGAAAGCCAAAUUGGUAAUCUAAAGAAACUAAAAAACAGUGAACUUCGGUUUGCAGAGGUAAAACAGAAGAUGAGGGAGCUAACCAUAAAUAUUAGAAUGAAAGAGGAGCUUAUUACUGAACUUGUGAAAACUAGUAAUGAUGCUCAGUCCAUGAACAAGCAGUAUUUGCAGAAGAUAACUCGGCUACAGCAAGAUGCAGAACAGGCAAAAACUGAAUUGGCUGAAGCACAGAAACAGCUACAGGAGCUGGAGAAUAAAGAACUGAGAGAUCUGACACAGAAGGCAAAAUUACAGAAAGAUUUCAAUAAGAAAAUGGAAGCUGCAAAAUUAAAAAUGCAGGUGCUACAGAAGAAGCAGCAGGACACAAAGAGACUGGCAACCCUUUCCGUGCAGAAUGAGAAGUGUGUAUCUGAUCUUCAACAAAAUGUAUUUAACAUGCGACAACAACAGUCUCAGUUACAAAAAAAACUGAAAGAUGGAACCGAGAAAAAGAAGAAACUGGAGUUAGCUGUACAAAAAGACCAGCAACAGAUCAAGGAACUUCAGUUAAAGACUGAGCAACAACAGAAGAUGUUGAAGCUAAAAAGUGAACAGAUUGCUGCCAUAAGAAGACGAAAAAGUACAUCAAGUAUGCCAGACCAGCUUCAGCUAAAAAUGGAAGAACAAAAGAAAUGGCUGGAUGAGGAGGUGGAGAAGGUUUUAAUGGAGCGGCAAGCACUGAGUGAGUUAGAAGAAGAUCUAAAGAAGAGAGAAGAGAGCGUUGCUAAGAUGGAAGACAUGCUUAAGGAGAAGAGCCAGCUGGAGAUUAAAAAAUUGAGAUCAAGCCAGGCUUUAAACAGUGACAUGCUGAAGUUGUCAACUCGCCUAAAUGCUGUAGAAAAUGAGCUCACAGACAAAAGUAAGAAACUGCGCAGUGGUACUAGUGAGGAGCAGAAGAAAGUUUUUGAGGAGGUCAAAGUGUUAAAGAAGGAAAGGGACCAUCUCCUACACAGAAGAGACAGUCUGGAUGAAAAACUGAAGAAUGGCACCGUGCUAUCACCUGAGGAAGAGCAUAUCUUGUUCCAGCUGGAGGAGGGGAUAGAAGCAUUGGAGGCUGCCAUUGAGUAUAAGAAUGAGUGCAUUCAGAGCCGACAGGAUGCCGUGAAAGACUUCUCUCAGAUUCUCACACAGAGUGAAGCCAAUGUCAUAGAGAAGUUCAGCUCGCUAUCUGCUUCCGAGACCAGAUCUAUCCUUGUCAAAUACUUCAACAAGGUUGUUAGCCUAAGGGAGGCCGAACGGAAGCUGCAGCUGCAGUCACAAGAAUUGGCUAUGAAAGCGUCAGAGCAGGAGAACAUAGUGAGAGAACUGGAGUCAGCUUUGGAGCAUCUUACACUGCAAAGUGACAGACGGUUGACCCAGCAGCAAAAGGAGCAUGAACAAACGAUGCAGCUUCUAUUACAGCACUUUAAAGAUAGUGAGAAUUUAGUCUCUGCAGAAAGCAUCAAGGCAAAUGAAGCAAAAAUUGAGGAGCUCACCAAGGAGCUUUACUUCUACAAGACAACCAGCCGGGAACUGAGAAAAAAGUUAAGGGAUUUGGUUGGAGAAUCAAAUGUUCCUAAAAACCAUGCCUUUGGAGAAACUCCACAAAGCCAGGAUGAAGCAGAACCAGGCAAAGAACAGAAAUGGACAUUGAUGAGUGAAAACAACAAGCCCAACAGAAAACCAAAAGACUUCGCAAACUCCCGACUUCAGCAUAGCACUUACAGAAUUGCUGGAGAUCAUUCUGGAGCUGCAGAUCAGGUCUCGGAAUCACGUAGACAAAUCAGAAGGCACUCUUCAAAUAGCGAUGACCCAGAAGAUAUUGAAGAGCCACAUAUUUUAAAGGCUCAUUCCCGAUCCGUUUCCCAAAAAACAAAAGCAGAGGCAGUCCGAGAACCACUUACAGUGAAUCCAGUGAAAUUGUCCCGUCGUGAGGUGCGACAAAUCUCUAUGUCAGGGUUAUCAAUGCGACGCUCCAGCAUUGGCUCUAUUGUUGCUGAUUCAAUUGAAGAUGCACAACAAUCUAAAGACUUUAAAGUUUAGAUGGCGAACAUUGUAUGUAUGUAUGUAUGUAUGUAUGUAUGUCUGUAUGUAUGUGUAUGUCUAUAUAUAUAUAUAUAUAUAUAUAUAUAAUAUGUCUGAAUGGGGAAAUCAAUUCAGUGUGACAACUAUUAGGUACCUUUGGAACGGUGGGGCAAAGGAACUACACAAUUAGUAACAUCUCUAAUUUUCCAUUGUUUCUCAAGAAGGUGUGCAGAAAUAUUAGUGACACUUUGCUCCCAUAUUAGAUAAAGUGCACAGCCAAACAUUACGGUGGCAUAUCACGACGAAAAGAAUUCCCCUUAAAAGUAGCACUUGAUGCACAGUGAAUAUUUUUAUCUUGACCAAGGAUCUCCCAACAGAGGUCCUUAUUAUUCACCACUGAUUCACAAACAGCCAGCACUCACAUCUAGAACACUUUUAGAACUGUAUAUUUUCCAGGUUUUUUUCUAUUAUUUUGUGUCCAAUCAUCUUAUAAUAAUUUGAUAUUUAUUAUUUCCUCAUUAUUAAACUGUUAUAUAGGAUGGUACUUUUAUUUAUCGUCCACAUCUAGAA